AUGGAGACAUUAAAACGUGCUUCUAUAGAGAAUCCAGUACUUCUGUACACUUUGGAGGGGAACGUCCAAGGCCUCCAGUCCAUAUUUGAAGAUCCAGCUGAGGUUCAUCAUGAGCAAUGCAGCAAACUGCUCCUGGAGGAAGAUCUACUAGGGAGAAGCUGUCUGUUUUUAGCCUGUAUUCUUGGUCGCACAGAGAUUGUAAGAACAUUACUUAAGUAUGGAGCAAAUAUCAAUCAACAAACAACUCGAGGUUAUCUGCCAUUGCAUUGUGCUGCAGCAUGGGGUCACCUAGAGGUGUUAAAGACUCUUGUAGAACUAGGUAGUGAUAUCAUGCUACUAAAUUUCCGAGGAGAAAAAGCAUGUGAUGUUGCUGCCAGAUAUAACAAGACAGACUGUGCUGAUUUUCUCCUCUGGGCUGGUAAGUGA